AUGCUUUGUACUGUGCAGGUUUCCCUUGAAAAAUUUAAGGUGAAUGAAUGCCUUAUCUGGAUGAGGGUAGAGCACCAAUACAUCGUACCUCUGUGGGGUGUUGUUCGCCAUGACAACACCGUCAUGAUGCUCAGUAAAUACAUCCAAUGUACACCAUUGUCUGUUAUGAUUGAUAUGAAAUUUAAACUCUCCGAUCGUAAUAUCGUAAAGUGGAUCAAGCAACUUCUGUGCGUCUUGGAAUAUAUCCACUCCAUGAACAUUGUCCACAUGGAUAUAAAACCUGCUAACAUUCUACUGACGUACGAUGAAGAUAUUGUUCUCAUUGACUGGGGUUUGGCCAUGGAACUUAACAACAAUGGUCAGCAAUUAGUUUCAAACCCAAGAGGAACAAUGUAUUUUAUGGCACCUGAAGUCUGCCGUAAGUUUGUUUACAGAAGAGCCAAUGAACUUUAA